AUGACGAGAAAUAAACUAUUUGACGAAGAUUCUGAGGAAGAAGUUGCCAUUAAAACAGAAAAUGCGUACGCAAAACAGUAUGAUGCUUGGCGUGAAAAGGAAGAGAAACAUAAAUUAGAACAAAAAUAUGGAACGAAAGCACUUAACUCUGAUGCCUCAGAGUCUUCUGACAGUGAAGACGAAAGUGAUGAACCGUUGGAAGUGUCGGAAGAAACAGAGGCUCAAUUCCUCAAGACCCUGUCACUAUUGAAAACAAAAGACCCUAGAAUUUAUGACCCCAGCUAUAAUUUCUUUGAUGAGAAAGUGGAAAAAGAAAAAGAGAAGGAAAGCAACACCAAUAAGGUAGUCUUUGCAGACAGUGACUCGGAUGAUGAUGAUGAUGAUGGUAAUAUAUUUAGCAUAGAAAAGAAGGCUGAGAUAGAUGAAGAAAAACAAGAACAUCACAACUUGAACAAAGAUGGCAAAUUGAAGGACUAUCUGAUAGGGAAAGUAGAGCAUGUAGAUGAGGAUGUGGAAAAGGACCUUGCUCCAUUAAAAGCUCUUUGGUCUGAUCCCCAGCUUAAUGAGGGAGAAGCUUUUCUCAGGGAUUACAUAUUAAACAAAAGGUACUUAGACGAAGGCGACGCUGGGGAAGCGGAGGACAGAAUACGGGACGAUGCGGACUUGGAGGCCGACGAGGAGAUUGUGGAAGAGCAGGGCAAGUUUGAACGCGCCUAUAACUUCCGCUUCGAGGAGCCAGACGAUGAAUAUUUAAAGCGCUUCCCGAGAACGAUGAACUACAUCCGUCCGAAGGACGAUCGUCGGUCGAGAAAGCGUGCAGAAGUUCGCGCUCGGAAAGAAGAGGAAAAGAAAAAGAAGAUGGAGGAGAUUGCGCGGCUCAAAGCAUUCAAGCUUAAGGAGAUACAAGAAAAAAUCGCCAAGCUGAAGGAAGUCACUGGCAAUCAGGAUCUGGCUUUUAAGGAUGAAGAUAUCGAAGGUGACUUCGAUCCUGAGGAACACGACAAGAGAAUGAAGGCGAUAUUCGACGAACAGUACUAUGGGGACGCGGACGAUGAGAAGCCCGUGUUCCCUGAUCUUGACGAGGAGUUGGAGAUAGAAAAUUGGGAAAAUUAUGAGGACGAGUACAACGAAGCACAGCAGGGUGAUGAUGAGGGGCCGCACUGCGAGGAUGAUGAUUUUAAUAUGGACGCUGACUACGACCCCAAGAAAGCACGCGAGAAUCUUCUAGAAGAAUUGAAACGCAACAUGGGAAAGAAGCGAAGAAACAGAAAACGCAAGUCUAAGCUGGCCGAACUCCUUGCACAGGAGAAACCGAAAUUUGUCCCGGAGGAAGAAAAAAGCUACGAUCAGUUUAUGGAGGAGUACUACAAGAUGGACUGCGAGGAUAUAAUAGGUGGAGAUCUGCCCACCAGAUUCAAAUAUAGAGAGGUUGUGCCCAAUGACUAUGGCCUGUCAAUAGAGGAGAUUCUUCUAGCAGACGAUAAAGAGCUGACGCAAUGGGUGCCUCUGAAGAAGAUCGUGAAGCACCGCCCUCCCACGGUGGAGAAGGGUGAGGUGAAGACCUACGCGAUGAAGGCAGCCGACAUACAACUCAAGAGAAAAAUAUUGCCCAGUCUGUUCAAAGAAUUGCCGCAGGAACCGGAGCUAGUAGUUCCAGUUGGAGAGAUAAGCAAAAAGAAAAAAAAGAAAAAGAAGAAAGCAAAAACAAACAACGACGCAGAAAAUAAUUCUCAUAAUGAGGAAGUUCAAGAAAAUGGAAUUCAAAACGACGACAUGGUGGAGAAAAAGGAUAAAACAAAUCCUGAAGUUAAAAAGAAAAAGAAAAAACCCAAGGAAGCUAAUGAAAAUGGCGAAAAGUUAAAUAUCGAACCUGCGGAAGUUCUAGAAAAUGAAAUUCGAAACGACGACGUGGAGGAGGAGAAGCAUAAAAUAAAUCCAGAAGUUAAAAAGAAAAAGAAAAAAUGCAAUGAAGCUAAUGAAAAUUUAAAUAACGGGUCUGCGGAAGAAGUGCAAUAUGAAACUAAAACAAUUAAAACAAAAGAUAAGAAAAAGAAACGUAAAAAUGAUUUCAUUGUUGAGGAUGUAUUAACUAAUCAAGAACCAAGUAUAAUUAGUGAUGUAACGGGGAAGUUCACGGCACCUAAACCAAACAAAGAAAAAAGGAAAUUGGAAAACAAUAUAGAAAGCGUCAAAGAGCAGAGUGGUACAUUAAAAAGAAAAUUAGACCUAAAUAUACAAGAUAACCCAGAAAUUCCAAGGAAGAAGAAGAAAAAGCAUAAACUCAACCCAACGUUCCCUCAAAUUCCAUCCGAUAAAAAGCAAAAUAUCAAGAAUAAAAAGAAAAACAAGUACAAACCUAAACAGGAUAAUGGAAAGUCAGACAACCCUUUGAACAAAUUAUCCGAUGAGAGACUAAGGGCUUAUGGAUUAAAUCCCAAGAAAUACAGGGGUUUCUUGAAAUACAAGAAUUUUUAA